CGUUAAAUCAAAUCUUCCAGCACGUGAGAAAGGUGGAUCGUUGAAUGUCCAGAAUGUUCUUAUAUCUGUAUGAGAAAACAUGGUAUUCGAAAAGACUGGGAAAGUUACCAUAUCCGUAGUUGGGUAUCCAGGCUCAGGAACGGAUGUUCGUCAACAUGUUGGGAAAUCUUGUCUCAUAAACCGUUUUAUGGCCCCAUACAGGUUCAAUGAAAACCACUUGUCAAUUUUAAGUCUGUCAGAUUAUGAUAGUGAAGUGAUCUGUUCAAGCCACUGGCUAUAUUGGGGAGACAGUAGUGUGAAUGUUAACGGCUGUAAACUACAUAUCCAAAUAAUUGAGCAGUGUGACUUUGUGGAUGACCAUCUUUUCCAACCUCUUUUCGAACCGAGACCAUAUGCAGAACGAUGUUUGGACUUUAAAAUCACCUUGCAUUCAAGAAAGUUGUGUUACGUUUGUAAGGAGCAGCUUGGGCAUGAGUCGGCUUUUCCUCAGGUUUAUCUUGAACCCACCACUUUAUUUGUAGAUGUCUUUGUAUGUGUAUAUGACAUGUCAUUAUGUGGUCCUUCAGCUCUGCAACAGGCUGCCUUUUUAGGUCAUGUCAUCACUCGUCUUUCGUCUCUUAAGUUUCCAGUGGUUGUCGCAACAUCUAAACAUGAUAUGAAUGUUUCUCGUCAGGCCUCAACUCUCUUUAAAGAUACACUCAGUGGAUGUAAAAAACAUUGGAUGAAAAAUCUGUGUAUCGUAGAAACAUCUUCACGUCUAAAUGUAAAUGUCAAAACUGUUUUUCAAUGUGCUGCAGUUUUUGGACAUCACAAACGUGCUAAUAAGUACAAACUCCAUACUGGCCUUUUACGUUGUUCACUCAGAAAAUCAUCCAACGAACGCAAGCCGUUCCCUAUGUGUUUCGGAAAGUCAGUGUGGUCUAGUAUACGUUGGGUUCAAUAUGGUACCAGUUCAUGUGAUACAAACGUCCAUUCGAUUAGCAGCGAAUCUCCAAAUGUUCGACAUGUAUCUUAUUUUCCUCCACUUGUACAGUCUCUCACAUUUCCUAAACAGCAUAAUAAACUAAGAAUUCCUGAACGAAUCAUUUUACCACAGAUGAUUGGCGUAAACGAUCCAAAUAUUCCUAUCACAAACCCCAGUUCACCCUUGGAAACGAAAACCUAUCAAAUGAACGCAAGUUUAUUUCCUGAUACCCAUUUUCCUGAAAACAGUUCUUUUGUUCAAGACAUAACUUUACCAAAAAUAAGUGAUGUAUGUGAUCUAUCUGUCUUACCAACCCCUCCACCACCUCUUCUUCUACCUGGUCCAUGCAGUCGAAGUUCUUUUGAACCAAUCAAUUCAUCUUCCAUUGAAACUCGUAAAUCAGUAGCACUUCCUGCCAAAUGUCCAGACUUAUCUCAUAACAUUCCUGCCGGAAAUCCGUUUGUAAAAAUCUAUGUACGUGGGCAAACAGAAACCUCUAAUUGUGCCGCAGCAGCAAUGCGAGACCUUUGUCCAUUAGAAUUCUACAUUGAUAAAACUGGACGUCAGUUUCGUGUCAUAAUUCUUUCAAAUUCUUCUAAAAAUCUUCGUAAUCAAACACCUAUUCUCAAUCCUUUGCCAUUCUACUCAGAUCCUCCUAAUCGUCGUCCAAAUGGUCUAACCAUUCAACCCGUUCAUAUGUCUCUGACAGCAUCACAGAUGUCAGCGUUCUCUGCCCCGAAUAGUAGUUCAUUGGGAAACAAUUUUGGUACUGCUGCUUAUGGUAAUCAUAAUAAUAACAAAGAUUGUAGUCCAAUUGUUGAUUCGGUACAGGGAAAUCUAACGUUAACACCAUUCAGCGUUGAUAAUUCAAUGCCUCCAAGUUCUUUCCAAAGUUUUAAGGCUAAUCACUUGAAUACUUUGACAGAAUAUUGUGUUUAUUUAUUCAUAUACAAGAAUAUUAACGAGCUUUUAGAAUGUUGUGAACUAAUUAAACAUGAAUCAUCAAUUUCCACUGUCCAAAAACCGAUAAAAGUUUUGGCUUAUUUAUACUGCAGUAAUUAUGACGCACUCGAAGAAAGAAAUGUAAUCCUCUCUGGACUAAUGGCUUCAUCGCGUUUUAGAAUACCUUAUUUGUCUGUAAAUUCUGAAUCAGUAGCAGUGUUUCUGGAUAAUCUCCUCUACUUAACAACUAAUACCCAGAUAGAAAACGAUCAAACAACAUAUACUUCCAAUUCUAAUAUUUCUUUUAUUGACUGGAGAAGUUUCAUAAAUGUUGAUUAUUUAUCCAUUCUUACAGAAUUCAUUUGUCUAUCAGAAAACUUUAUGGAUAAGCUAAUUACAGAAGAUAAAUUCAAAUUUGUCGGAUUAUUAACAGCGUUAAUCCUCUCAAACUGUAAUAUAGUAUCCGGUUGUACUGAUUCACAUAGUACAAACCGCAAAUUAUUCUUUGUACCUUCAACAAUUUAUCGCGAAGAUCCGCAAUCGUAUUGUAAAAGUAAAAAGAAUUCCUCAUGCAUUUACGUGCAUUUUGUACAAUUGGACGAAGUUAUUGAAUCCGUUUUAUGCCAGUCUCCUACGUUCUCAACGGCUUAUAGUCCUCGUGCCCUACUUAUCCACUAUUCUUCAUCUUCCUGGUCCGAAGUUGGAAUUGACAUUGAAGAUUCUCUCAAUAAACUUUGCUCUGCAUUUGAUUUAAAUACUUUUAGUGAAUACAAAUUCACUCCAGUGAUAUUACUUGUCGCGUUUCAUUCAGGAUCUUCUCAGCAAAUCCCUGUAGAAGCUGAAGGCAUUAUCCAUGGGCUAAAACUUAUUCAACGCUUAGCACAUGACUAUAGUUGCCCACUUCUUUUACCAUCAUCAGAAUACGAACCAGUGAAAGUUCAAUUUAGAAAAAAUUCAAUCUCUUCUGGUGUGUCUACAGAAUGUGAAAGUGACCACAUCAACAUGUGCGAAAAUAUUCAGUCUAUAAAAGAUAGUGCAAAAUUUUCAUUGGGUUUUUUAUCUGUUUCUCGGUCGGAUGAUGUAAGAGCUGAACUGUACAAACGCAUUUUUGACGGAGAAUUCAGCAGUUGGUACUCUAGCUUCGACAUGACCAAAAAUCUUUCUGAUAACUCGGUUUGUUCUAACGUCGUUGCCAACAAUAACAAUUAUUUCUCAAGCGCACACACAUCAAAAUGUUCAACAUCCUCAAAAAGUCCCGCCGAAAAACCACAAUUUACACUUGAUUCUCAAAAUGUGAGCUCUGUCUGUUCAUCAAUCCUCCAUAAUCCACCAAACGAUGUAAUUACACUUCCUUGGCUUCCUCUUAGUCCAACUGAUGCAUUUAGUUUCCAGAGUUUAAGGUCACUUCCAACUCAAAACUCUUUUUCUAGAACUCUUUGUCUAGAAACUACUCAUGCAAAUAUUAUUCGGACACUUGACAAUCAUAGGCAACUGUCUCGAUCAAAUAUACUCAAUUCUACAGAGUGUGGUAUCUUACCUUCGACAAUAUGUGAAGAAAUGUGUCAGAUGUCUCAGGCUGGUGUAUUUUGUUCAGUAUGUCCACAGUCAUGUUCCACAGCUGUCGCUUUACCCAGUAUUAACUCUUCUGUAGAAGAGUAUUACGCCGAACUUCCCAAAGUAACUCAAUCAGUUAUAUUAAAACUUCCACUAAAUUAUUUUCAAUGAUGAAAAUGACAACUUUAAGUUAGCAUUUACUUUUCACUUGUUGUUUUUGUGUAUUAGACUUUAGAACUGGAUUCACGUCGUCCUCAUCCUAAUCGACCUAAACGACCUCAUCCACGUACCGAUUCCGCUCAUUCUCAUUCACCGUCUCCGUUAUUAUCCAACGACCAAAAUUUAUUAUCAACAACCACAGCUUUCAAUCAGUCGAUAACUGACCUGUGUUCUAAAAAUGAUCUGUCCCAUAUUAACGGUCACCAAACAUUAGAUAAUGGUUCAACCGUUUAUGCUGAAGUUAACGAUGCCUUUGUUUACAAAACACUUCCUCAUUGUUCUUCAUCUGGUUUUAUUCCUACCAAACUAUCCUCACAUGUAGAUCAUUAUGAAUUAACAGAUUCUGUACAGCAACUUAAUAAUUUAACUUUGUAUCCGAAUCUUUCAAAUUCUCCGUACACCUCCAAAAUCCGUGAUAAUAAUCAUGUAAAUGGCUCCCUUGUUUUAAAUAAUACACGCGAAAUGUGCCAUUCAAAUUCAUCGCGUGUGAAUCCAUUAUCGAAUAUCUUUUCGCAAUGCAAAGCUCCUGCUGAUACUUCCUUUGGAAGAACUAGCUUGCAGUUUAAUCCGAGACAUACAAACUUACCAGCUCUGCCUCCGAACGAGAUUCCAACCUCCAUAUCAACUCAUUCAGAUUCAAAUUUCUCGUUGCUUCCUUUUUUUUGUAUGCCUACUCAAGCGACACGUUCCGUUUUAUGCCCCUCUUAUUCCAACAGUUGUUCCACCCCAUUAUGUUCUUGGUCUACAUGUAGACAGCACGCGGUAAAUUUCAGUAGAUUUUCGAGAGUACCAAAUGUUUCAGCUUCUGGCUUGCAGUGUGCUCCAAAUACUUUUCCUCUCAAAUCUUCUACGUUUCUUGGACCUGUGAUGCCCAUAGAAGUCCCGUACGAAUCUCUCCCUGUUUCUCAGUUGAACCAAAAAAAAACAUUGACUUAUGUUGUUGAUUCGGCUGUCACUAACAUAUCGCCUGUUACAUCCGACUUGUCAAAUAAUCGAAAACGAUUUCCACGGAAUAUUUUAUCCAGUGCUAUAAAGCGAUAUAAUAUUUGGUCACGAUAUAUGUUGAACAAUAGUCAUAACUCAAAAACUUAACUAUGCAUGCAAACAACAUCUACUGGAAUUUUUUCAUGUUAACAAAUACUGUGUUCUAACCAAAUAUUCUUCAUUAGAUUGUAUAAUGAUGAAAUGACUUCGUCGUAAUUAUCAGCUUCUAUAGAUCAAAUUGGUCUUUUUAACGAACUUAUUAUUGUAUUAUAAUAUGAGUUUUUAAUACCAGAAUUAUUCUCAUUAUAUUACGAGAUAACUUUACAUGAUCAUAUUACUUAAUCUAUUUUUUUAUUAUGUAUACUUAUUAAUGACACUUUUCAAAUGUCACCUUAUAUUCUAUGUUAACAUCAAUAUUGUUAACAAUAUUGCUAAAUCACUUCAUGUAUUAUCUAUUCUUUCACUUUUAUUCCCAUUGCAAAGUAAUCUUUUCAACACAGUAGGAAAUAAUUUAUUUUAAAUAAACUAUUUUGCGAUUUCUUAUUCAACAACAAUAAUCGUUCACUUCUCACUAAAUUAGGUUUAACAUAUGCU